AUGAAAAUAUUGAGAAUAUUUGCACUGGCAAUUUUCCUGGCGUGCACUGUUGCUUUUUAUUUAUUUCGCCUGGGUGUUUCUGAGAGCUUUUGCAGCACAUUUGCUUCUAGUGUGACACGAGUCGACAACCCAGAUGCAUGGAGCAAACGGACUCUGUGCAUUGUGGAAAACCUCAAUUCGGAGCCUUAUGUGGUGGGUGCCAAAGUGCACAGCAAAAUUCGGUACGUUCCCGAAGAAGACCUACUGAAGGCAGAACUAGGAUACUCGGUUAAAGACGGAAAAGCAAUUCGGCGAUUAGUGAACUCCGACGAAUCUACCAAGAAAGGGCGCUGCUUGCACGACAGCAACACAAUAGAGCCUGGAACCGACAGGGAAAUGUCCAAAUUGAUGUGCAGCGUGUCUGAGCAGGUAUACGAAAACCCACUUACAACGGUUGUUUCCGAGUUCAUUCACUCCAAGCCCUUGAUGUAUAGCAAAAUAUUGGCUACUCCCAAAAGAUACCUUUACGACGUGCUCAAAGCAUCAAGCAAUGCGUGCUAUGAGGCCAGAGACCAGAUCCGAGUGAUGGAAGACAUUUUAUUUCUGAUGUGCAGGUGGCAUUUCCUGGAAAUUACAUCAAUUGACGACAAAAUGCAAUGCAUCACCUCGGCGCUGUUUUUGUACGACAUGGUCAGAGAAAAUAUGUUCAACCGAAUCAACAGCGCCAUUUACAAGUACAGAGACCUGCUGGAAAACCAAAAGGACGACUUUUCUAAGGAUUUGUUUGUCAUGGUGGCAAAAAACGCCAAACUAGAGACGUUCUCUGCAAUUUACCACAUUAAUUUUUUCGCCGAAUUGGAAGAGACCUUAAAAAAUAUGUUUGCCCGCAUAGAUGAGGGUAUUGCACCGUCCAAACUGACGAUUAUAUCGAGCAACGUUCGCAAAGAGUUCAACUUUUCCAAUAAUAGCAACAUCGAAGGGUGCCUGUUUUUCAACAAGUGCAUAUAUCCACAUACAAGAUAUCUGCAGGCGUACAACGCAUCUUUUGACGAUGUCUACAUGAGAAAGAUCUUGGAUGAUGUUGAAGCAUCGCCGGCGAAAAGCAUGGAGGAAGACAUACACAUGCUGGCUGACUUGCUAAAAAAUCUGAAGGAGUCUCUGGGAACAGACCGGUUUGUCGCUGAAGUAAACGAGAACGACUUGGAAAAGCUGGACCCGCACCUUAUUUUUUUAGAAAUGGAACGUUUGUUUGCUGUGAUGUAUAAGAUUAUGGAUGAGAAUAGAAACUGCGGGUUAAAAUAUAGCAGAAAGGCAGAAGAAUUGUGCAGUGUCUCAGGCAUAUGCUCGAUUGAAAAUGAACUGCAUGCAGAAUAA